UUGUACUUGUUUGUUUGUGCGUCGAGAACACAUACGAUAGUAGCAAGUAGCAAGUGAGUGAGGCGGCAACAACUCAGAGAACACAGUUGACUAUGAAGACGUUGGUAGUAUUCGCGCUGUUCGUGUGUGCAGUCGCGGCGGUUUCGCACAAGUUGACUAAGCGCUUCGGUGUGCCGAUAGAGGCAGAGAUCGGCUGCGCUAGUGAUGGCGGCAACGCAACGUUCGUCGCCGACCCGUCCGACUGUGCAGUGUUCUACUACUGUGAUCAUAGCUGGCCACGAAUAAGCUUCUGUCCGACAGGUACAAUUUGGAGCCAGUCUGAUCGUCACAAUGGAAGAUGUGAGCGGCCGGAAAGGGCAUAUAACGACGCUUGUGGUUUUACGUACAAUGCCCCACGUGGCGAGGGCGGUGACAUACCAAAGAGUGGAGCUUGCGAUGUCUACUGCCCCGGCACUUACGAGGAGUGCAUUGGCUACACGGAGAUCUGUGACGGCUUUCAGCAAUGCAAGGACGGUAGCGACGAGAGGGGCUGCGCGGCUCCGUGCAACCCCGACGAUUGCAAACUGCCCGACUGUCGCUGCUCGGGCACCGACAUUCCUGGAGGGCUGCUGCCUAGUGAAAUACCACAGAUUGUUCUACUGACCUUCGAGGGAGCUGCGCGUAUAGAGGACUAUCAGCACCUGUACCUGCAGAUCUUCAACAAAAUCGGACGCGACAGGCGCCGCGUACCUAGAACCAACGCUAAUGGCUGUCCGCUCGGAGCCACAUUCUUCGACAUUAACCAGUUCACCGAGUUCGUAGUCCUUCAAGGACUAUACACCCAGGGUGUCGAAAUCGCCUCGUUAUCUCUCAGCCACCAGUCUCCAGCAUCCUACUGGCGCGACGCCCCGCAGCACGUGUGGCAGGCAGAGAUUGCCGAUCACCGCAGCACGAUGCAGUCCCUGGCUCGCAUCAACCCGGCCGAUGUGAAAGGCAUGCGCGCACCCUACCUACAGCUCGGUGGCAACAUGCAGUUCGCCAUGUUGAAGGACGAGGGAUUCCAGUGGGACAAUUCGUGGCCGACCCAGCAGAUGAAUCCGCCAAUGUGGCCCUACACUCUCGAUUACAGAUCAACUCAGGAAUGCGUAGUGCCUCCCUGUCCUACCGCCGCGUUUCCCGGAGUGUGGGAAGUCCCCAUGGUCGACUAUUUGGAUACAAACAAUACCGUCUGUGCAUCUGUCGACAACUGCUACUUCCCAGAGAACAAGGAGGAGGCUCUCGAACUUCUCAGGUCUAAUUUCGAUAGACACUACCAGAGUAACAGAGCCCCAUUCCCCAUACAUGUGCGUCCACGAUGGUUCUAUGAAGCGCAAUACAACUUGGAGGCUCUUCAAGAAUUUAUUGAUGACAUGAUAGGUAAGGAGGACGUGUGGUUCACGACGAUCAGUCAGGCGAUCGAAUGGAUCCGCAACCCGACCCGCUCAAGCCGCGCCGCCGAUACCUUCAACUGUGACUUCCUGCGCAGUAGGGAACCGGUGUGCGAUCACCCGCGCUUUUGCGCUUACUACAACGUCACCAUGCCCCCGAACAGCGCCGAGCACCCCGGCGACCGCUACUUCCACACCUGCGCUGACAUCUGCCCUGCGCACUACCCGUAUCUGGGAGUCCCUCUCGGACAAUAACCGCACCACCCGGUGGCGCCAUCUAGCGAAUAACACGCGGCGGAUAAUUAUUUAGAUUCAUAUGUACUCGGCGCAGUUGUCCUUAUGAUAAUAAUUACGAAUCUAUAGCUUUUAACACUAGCGAUAUUCUAUGCAGAUAUUAUUAUAUCGUGUUUAUCCGGGGGCGAUGCGUACGUAUAGUCAAGUUAACAAACGCAUUUAUCUUGUCCAAUCGGUAAACAGCUUAUGAGAAUUUUACGAAAGUAAUCAUUAGCGGUGAGAAGCACCAAAGUACAUUUAUCUACAUUCCUACGAGCGUUAAUUUGGUAUCAGAUACUAGAAAUUAUGCGGCUUAGUAAUGUGGGGAAUAAUGUAAGAAGAUAGAUAGGUCGAGCAUGCUUUCCGUCUGGAGUAAAUCUCUAUACGAUUCCAAAUCGGAGCGAUUGCCGAUAGCGGAAGCAAGCCUGACGUAGUAGACGAAGAGUAAGCGCGUGUAGAUUCUCCAAUGUGUAUAUGAACGUUUCAUCUCGUUUUUAGCAGCUUAUUUUACGCUCAAACUGUAAAUAAUCUGUAAACCGAAUCGGCGUUGAAGCCCGUUUAUAUAGAAGCAAUUAAAAAUAACACGGUUGGGUUCGUACUCGAUCAUAAGUUCAGAAGUUUGCUUAGCACGCUGCUUGCGAUGCGGUGAUCAUCGAGCGCGUGCGGUUCACCAGUUCGACGUAUUCACCAGUAUUAUAUAUACACUGUCUUAAUCCGGAUUUAUAUUAUAUUCCCAGUUUCACCUGUGAUGUUUAACCGUACUAGUGGACUCACAGCGUGUGUGAAGGUUGUAUAAACUAACAUGGAUGCGUGUUUCAAUAACCUUUAAGGCUCACGUACAGACGCAAUAUCGAAAAAAUUAUUUUUAUGUUCCGCAAGUUUCUGACCAGCGCCUGCAGAUGUCUCAACACAUUCGUGAAAAAUUGAUUAUUGAUAGUUAUAUCAAAAUAUCAUAUAACCCUAACGACUGAGUGUGGAAUUUGUCAGUAUGAUUACAUUCUCUAAAAUGCAUGUAAAAAUAUUGUAUCGAUCUUGCAUCAAAAUGGAUACGUUCCUGUGCAUGCAGCUGGUCCUACAUUUUUACUUUAUACAAAAUUUAUACAAAACUUUGUCCCACACAAUGAAAAAUUCUUUGUUUAAACAUUUAUACAUUUAUAUACGUUCCGUAUUAUAACUGUUCUUAAUUUUUGUCGCCACCAUAACGGAAUCCUUUAUACCUGCGAUACGCAAUAUUGUCGAACUGUCUAAACGCACUAUUUUUACUGUUAAUACCGGAGUGUAGACGUAUGCCAAGUAACAUUUCGUCAUACAAACGUUAAAUUUGAGGGUACAAUUUCGAGAAAAAAAAUUAAAUGAAAAUUUUAAAUUAUCGGUUUACUUAGAACGUGCGAACGCUAGCAAUAUUAUAUAUUUAUAUACAUACAUAUUUAUUAUUAAUUACAUCUUUGCUCAAAAUGAUUUUAGUACAAGAUGCAAUUUAUGUGUAGGAUAAGAUUUUACUUUAAAAACGAGAUAAACUCGCCAUAGGCAUGUAUUUUGUAAAAAUUUAUUUUUUAUACAUGUAUAUGUGUGUGAGCAAGACUGAAUAAAUGAUAUUAUCAAACUAA